AAGGAAUGGUUUGAUGAGUUUUUACGAUGGAAUCCAAGUGAAUAUGGAGGUAUUGAUGAAUUAAUAGUAUUCCAAAGAGAAGUUUGGCUACCUGAUUUAUUUGUUGAAAAUACGGCCCAAGAUUACAAAGAGUUGGGAAAUGACGCCAUGUUGAUUGCUGUCAGUCAUAAAGGACGAAUAUUUUGGGAGCCAGGAAUUGUGACGGAGACAAGCUGUGCUGUUAACAUCGGUCGUUAUCCAUUCGAUUCUCAAUCUUGUGAUAUUCGAUAUUUGACAUGGAUGCAUACAAACCGUACGCUAACUGUUGAUCCAGAAUUUGAUUCAAUAGAUCUUGCAGCUACGUUACCAAAUGGAGAAUGGGACAUUGCAAGAACGGAAGCUUUGCCAUAUUCAUACCCAUCGACUUACAAACAAGGCACAAGUCACACUGGUGUGAAAUUCUUUGUCCAUUUACGACGGAAACGAACAUUUUACAUUUUGAAUACUAUUAUACCAGUGGUUAUGCUGUCGUUAUUAAAUGUAUUAGUGUUUAUUUUACCUGCCGACUGCGGAGAGAGAAUGGCACUAGCUGUAACAGUUUUACUAUCAUUUACUGUAUAUCUUGGUAUUAUUAGUGAUGUCAUGCCUAAAACAUCUGAAAGCCUUUCAUUAUUAGGUAAGUACCUACUUUAUAUACCUUUAUGA